UGAGCGCCGCGGAAAAGAGCGAGGAGUUUAUAACAACAGUAACUGAUUGUUCAUUGAUGAAAUAAUUCGGCAAUAGCGAUUCAACAGUAGUUUUGCAGAACUUGUCUAGUGUGAAGCGCUAAACAGUCUUGUCUCAGCGAUUUCCUGAAAUGCAUGCACGUUUCAUUGAUCGUGUUUAUUUUUCGCGGCUAAAAAUAGACUGCUUGUUAGGUACAGUUAUUUGCUCUGUGUAGCUGGCCCAAAAAAAAGCAUGCAUUUCAUAGACGUUUUUACCGUUUGGGGUCUAAUUAUUACAUGUUCUUGGUUGAGAAUUUGCCAUGGGGAAGACCCACCUGGCCAUGGGCAACCCCUAGGUAAACAUUUAUCACCUUUGGGCAUCACAUUAAUAGGAAAAUUCUCAACACCAAGUGUGUUUUAUGAACAUUUUGUAAAAGUGGGAAAGCCCAUUUUCAUGAAACAAGCACUACUCAAUUCAGAAUAUCCGGCAUUUUCCAAAUGGAAUGAUUACUAUUUUAGGGAGAAGUAUGGAAGUAUUGAAGUGUCUGUGGAAACGUCGAAGAAGGAGAGACGUAACCAGGAGCCAACCUCUAUGCCAAUGGCCGAUUUUCUCAACAUUUACAAACGGGAAGACGUCUACAUGGUGCAAAGGGCAAAUGAACAGAUGAUGGAAGACAUCCACGUGCCUGUGACUCUGCAGUGUGGGGGGUUCCAGCGAGUCCUGCAGGACGCCGUUGUGUGGUUCAGCAGUGGCAACACCCGCUCAGUGCUGCACUACGACGUCCUUGACAAUCUCUUGUGUGUCCUAGAGGGAAUGAAGGAAGUGCUGCUCAUAAAUAAGACCUACAGUCAUCUUGUGGAGGCUCAUGGGUUCGACCAGGAUGGAAUGUACAGCAGGGUAGAUGUGGACUCGGUGAACAUGAAGCAGUUUCCUAGGUUACAGAAAGUUCCGUGGUAUCAGGCUCGCUUGCAGGCUGGUGACUGUCUGUAUAUUCCUUUCAGAUGGUAUCACCAGAUCAAGUCUGCCGUGGGCCGCAAUCUUGCUUUGAACAUCUGGUUUUCUCACCUGUGGGCAUUUGAUCAGUCUGACUGUGACAAACACACCCAGUUCAACCUCACUGUCCCAAUAAAGACAUUCGGAGUUGCUUCCCCUAAUGAGCAGGUUAGGAGUCUUUUCUUGGAGUUUUUCUAUGGGCUGGAGGAAGUGAACAAGUCGUCCUUUUUCCAGAUGAUACCAGUUGAACAGAAACCAUUAGAGGAGCUUUUCGCUGUCAUAGAUAAAGACAAGAAUUCAGUAUUGACGUGGAAAGAGCUGUACCUUUUUGACAUCGAUGAUGCAGUUCGACAGUUUCCAAAUAUUUUUCACAGCAGUAUUUUAGAAAAGGAGAAAGUGAGAGAUGAAUCAGAAAAUAUAGAGGAAAACAUGGAUGAUGACGAAGCUGAUAUGACUGAUGAGAUAGAUAUACCUGAGAGAAAGAAUGAUAUACCAAGAAGUCAGAUGGAUAACUCCGAUAGUAAAAUAAUUGUAGAUGAUAUAACUGAGCACAGUGAGUUGAAAAGUACAAUCAAGGUUAAAGUGACACCAAAAGAUAAGGUAGAAGAAGAGAAACAAGUUUUGGAAGAGAAACAAGACUUGAAACGGAAACCGACUGUAACAGAAGAUUCAAAAGAUACCGUUUUAAAAGAAAAUAUCAAAGAUAAAAAACAUGAUGAGCUUUAGCUUUUAUUUAGUCUGAACAGAUUGUUUUAGGAUAUGGACAGUUUUCAUGUAGUUUAUCAGGUGCAUUUUUAAAGACAUUUAUAUCAUUUCUUUCACUUGUUGUGAUAAAAGAACAUAUCUACAAGUUUACACUGUUUGAACAUUUAAAGGGAAGAUAAAUGUUAAUUGUGAAAUCCUAGCAAAAUAUCAAGGAUAAUGUUGCUUGGAAAGUUAUUUGUAAAAAUGUUUGUUGUACACUGAAAGUUCCUUAAAGAUUCAUAAAUGGGGAAUUUUAAGAACUUUAAAGAGAUUGUCCUGUGUUUUCUGCCAUUGUACAUUUUCCAGUAAUGUGAUAAGAGUUUUAACUACUAAAAUUACAUAUAAAAUACUUUUUCUUUUUCAGAAUAUCUAUUUUUGUGUGUUUCUGGCCAUGUCAGCAUUUUUAAUUACUCAAAUCAUUUUGUAUAUUAAAAAAAUGUACUAGCCUCCUAUAAUGAAAUACAAUGUAGUCAGGGCUUACUAUAAACAGUAGGCUGAUUUGAAUAUACAGACACCGGUAUACUAAACAAGUAAAUAUAUAUAAUAUGAAAGUUUAGUCGUUGAGCAGGCUUUGAUAGUUGUAAACAUCUUAAAGGAACAGUCCUGAGUAUACAACCAUUGUAAAAUGUUUUAGACCAACAGACAUAACAUGCGAAUUAAAUGUCUGUAUUUACAAGGUAUUUGUUGUUGUCCUAAUGCUUGAAGUAACCCAAACCGUAUUUUACAUCCCAAUAAACAUAUUCGAUAUGCAGACACUGAUAUUCUAAAGAAGAAAAUGUAUUUAUUAUUACACACCAGUGUAAGAUAUACCUCAUGUCAUAACAAUCACUCAGUAUCUAACUAGUGUAAUAUUGGCGUGACGUAGAUCAC